AUGGCAACAAUCCAAAAUUUCUCAAAAGAUGACCCAUUCGCAGUAGACGAAGACUUUGGUGGUGGCAGCGAGUCAGCCAACAACGUCGGUAACCAACAAAACUACAUUCACAUUAGAAUUCAACAAAGAAAUGGUCGUAAGACACUUACAACCCUUCAAGGUAUUCCUAAAGAAUACGAUCUGAAAAAGAUCUUGAAAGCUUUUAAAAAGGAGUUCGCUUGUAACGGUACUAUAGUUGACGAUGAGGAACUUGGUCAAGUUAUCCAGUUGCAAGGUGAUCAGCGUUUCAAGAUCCAAGAAUUCCUGAUAUCGGAGGGAGUACCAAAAGCAACUAUCAAAAUGCACGGUGCUUAA